AACACGAUGUUCCAACCCAAUACUUUAGCUUUAAUUCUCUAUAACAGAUUGAUAUAAAUUAGAAUAAUCAUUUUUGUUUUUUUACACUAACGUUAAUUUCUUGUUGUUUCCGGUCGGAUAUUUCCACAGUGUCACACGUACGAGCACGUAUGACGUCAUUUCCUCCUGUGAGAAACAACAACAAAGUGAAGCUAAACCUCGUUUUUAAGCCUCUAAAAUGAGUUUGUUUUUGUCUAAAUUAACUUGCAAAAAAGACAUAGAUGAAGUGAUCAAAGGCGUAGCAGAGAAAGUGGUAGUUUUGAGGUUUGGGAGAGAUGAAGACUCAGUUUGUCUGCAGCUGGAUGAGAUUCUGUCCAAAACUGCCCAUGACUUGAGUAACAUGUCGUCCAUCUACAUUGUUGAUGUGGAUAAAGCUCCCAUCUACACCAGAUACUUUGACAUCAGCUACAUCCCCUCUACUGUCUUCUUCUUCAACGGGCAGCACAUGAAAGUGGAUUAUGGCUCCCCAGAUCACACCAAGUUUGUCGGCAGCUUCAAGACCAAACAAGAUUUCAAGGAUCUGAUUGAGGUCAUAUACAGAGGAGCCAUGCGUGGGAAGAUGAUUGUCCAGAGUCCCAUAGAUCCUCAAAAUAUUCCUAAAUAUGAUCUCCUCUACCAUGGGAUUUAAAAGCAACACCUUCACUAUGUGGCCUUAUGAUCAUAAUCAUUUCUGCUGAGUGGCAUCAACCACGUCCGGUUGAUUAACUGAAAAAAAGCUCUGACUUUAAAGCAACCGUCUGAGGAAGUUUUGAUAUUAAAGCGUCUCAUGUUCAUUUUCAUAUAGAAGGCAAAUGACGAAAUGCAUUGCCCUGCCUCUUCUUGCUAUGUUAAAAGGUUCCCUGUGGAGUUUUUGACCACUAUUAACGCUAUGGAGCAGUGUUUUUAUGCGUGGGUCCCAGUUUUGUUAGCUCUUGUGGACGCGUCACAGUACACAUUCCUGCCAAUGGUUUCACACUAUUGUACUGAUCAACAGAUAACAUUUACUCUAAUGUGAAGGCACUCUGGGGCAGUAAAUAAGACUGCAAGCUAGUAAACAUGGAUGUAAACAAAGCAGGUUUGAUUAAACACAGCUGUUAGACCUCAAGAUAUAAACAGUUUGUCUUGCAGAUUUACAUACACUUAACAGACACCUUUUGUUUACACAGAAACUCCACAGGGCACCUUUUUAAAGUAAAUUUGUACAAGAACACUGGACCGCCUGGAAACACAAUAACUAUCAAUACUAGUUUGACAGUUUGGAAAAACUGAAACGUAUACAUAUUUUAGGCUUAAACUUUAAGAUAUGACAAGAACUCACAGUGUAAUAGGCUUUGUUAGAGUUCCCAUAGUCAAAUGUAUUAACAGCAGGACAUUUUUAUCAAUGAAAAAUAAUUUGAUAUUUCCUUAGUUUUUCUGUCCGUCACAUUCUAUCUCACAGUAUCACUGAUUUCAUUUAUUUUGUUGUGAAAAUGCACUCAUCUCAAUGUUUCCCAUGGAAAAGAGCUGUAUAUCAGCAGAGAGAUGCUUUUAAUUCAUCCAAUGUACAGCUCAGUUUUUAUAAUAAACUUUUAUAUUUCA